AUGGAGAAACCUGAAAACUGCAGCCAGCAAGUGUAAGUGAACAGAUUUCUGAAUUUGGAGAAAAGCUUUUUGCUAUUACGAUCAUGUGAUGUAAUACAAAAGGUUUUUACACAGUUAAAAGGAUAAAAAAGUUAACAAAAAUAAAUCUGCAAAGCUGAUCAUACUAUGUAAAAUGUAACUUUGCAAGACAUGAACACGGCAUCGAUGGAUCCAAACAGACCGGGGUGACGUUGACACAGCUGUUUCGCCAUUGUGGCUCAUCAGCCUGACGGCGUACCAAACAAAAAGGCAUACUGAAAAAAUACCCGCACACUCUGUUAAAGGCCCCAAUACCCGCAUAAUCACGCCAAAAAAAUAGGCUCGAACUAUAUCUUUCGAUCUAUUUACUCUUUCCUGUUACUCGGACUAGCACAGUUUGGGAUGACAUUAGUGUGAUAAGUGCUGGAAUCGAAUUAUAUAUAGACACACAAAUGUGGUUUCAGAACUCGUACAUGUAGUUCCAAUCUAGAGGUCGCUAUUGGCCUCGCACCCAUUUUUCAAGGUCUCGCCCCUUCGUGUUUUUAGAACAUUAUAUUUCAAAAACCCUCAAAUCAUUAAAUCAUUCACUUUGUCUAUGUGGCCCCGGCUACAGUAGUCGCACUGUAACGAGAGCUUUGCUUUGAUAUAUUAGAUUUCGCGAAAAUGCCCAAUUUGUAGAUGUCAUCUCAUUGUUAUUGUGUUGCUAUAGAGGCAGAGAUGUCAGCAAAACAUCAUCUUAAAUUAAGAUUAAUGUUAGAUUUGUUUUUUCGAUUUGUGGCUUUUUCGUGCGUACGUCACAGCCAAAGUUAUCGAACACGAAGGGAUGAGACCUUCGAAAAAUGGGCGCGAGCCUCCUUUAAAAUGCUAUCCUGCCGUAGUACCGGUAAUAAAUUAAUAAACGUUUGGAAGAUAGAAAAUAGCAGCCACCCUUUCCAUCGUCGCAAAGAACAAGCUCGCAUAAAAUCUUAUCCUCAGUCAGGGAGGCCAGAAACUACAGGCUUUCGAGUAAAACAUUUUUUUGCCAUUUGUGAUCUUUACAGGUACCAGAUUAUGAUGUCUUGUUGGGCAGCCAAUCCAGAUGACAGACCAAGCUUUACAGAUUUGCGAAACGAUUUGGAGAGAAUGUUAGAAGCAGAA